CAAUACGUGUGGUCUCACGGUGCGCUUUGACGGAAGUGGACAGGCAGAACAAGGUGGACGUCUUCAUGGCUUCACCUCUGAGAGCGGGAUUCCACAGACUGGAAAUCCAGAAAACGACAUGGGACGUUCCUGACCGAUACGCCUCACUCAAGCCCGUUGGCUCUGGAGCCUAUGGGACAGUGUGUUCUGCAAUUGACCAGAAGACAAAGGAAAAAGUUGCCAUUAAAAAGCUAUACAGACCGUUCCAGUCUCUGAUCCAUGCUAAACGGGCCUACAGAGAACUCCGGCUGCUUCGCCACAUCCAACACGACAAUGUGAUCUGCCUCCUCAAUGUCUUCACCCCUGAUUCCACGCUGGAGAAAUUUGAUACUUUCUAUUUGGUGAUGCCGUUUGUCGCUCAGGAUCUUGGGCACAUAAUGAAGAAGAAACAGUUAACCAGCAAAAUCAUCACAUAUCUGUUCUAUCAGAUUCUGCGAGGACUCAAGUAUAUCCAUUCUGCUGGGAUCGUUCAUCGGGAUCUUAAGCCUAAUAACCUUGCAGUGGAUGAAAACUGUGAAUUAAAGAUCCUGGACUUUGGACUGGCGAGACACACUGAAACUGAGAUGACUGGCUAUGUGGUGACACGCUGGUACAGAGCCCCUGAAGUCAUUUUCAACUGGAUGCAUUAUACUCAAACAGUUGAUGUUUGGUCUGCUGGCUGCAUCCUGGCUGAGAUGAUAACCGGAGAGGUGCUUUUCCCAGGCAGUGACAGUAUUGACCAGCUGAAGAAAAUCCUCAACUUGACAGGCACACCGAACUCAAUGCUUGUUCAGAAAAUGCAAAGCAAAGAUGCACAAUCGUAUGUCCGCUCACUUCCAGUCCAAAGGAAAAAGGCCUUCAAAGAGGUCUUUUCUGGUAUGGAUCCUAAUGCCAUCGAUCUUUUGGAAGGCAUGCUGGUUUUGGACCCGGAGGUCAGACUUACAGCAAAAAAUGGCCUUUCGCAUCCAUAUCUUUCUGAGUUUCAUGACCCUGAAAAUGAGCCUGUGUCUCCUGCGUAUGAUGAUUCCUUUGAGAGUCUGGAUCUGGCUGUCAGCGAAUGGAAGAGUCUUAUCCACAUGGAGAUCAUGACAUUUGACCCAGACAACCCCAGAGUGACUGCAACAUAAUACCUCAUAUUCACAUCGGGAGAACAGCACUCCAUAGAAUUACAGACACUGAUGAACUAUUGUUUGCUUUUUUGUCAAAUGCCUUUGGCUGGAUAUCUUUAAAACCUGUUGUUAUCAAGCACAGUUCACUAGAUAUCAUUCUUUCUUGUUAUCAAACCAUGUUAACUAGCUAUCAUCAAACCUAGAUAUCAGUCAUGUCUAAGUAUGUAAACCAAGGUUUAAAGAAUUUUUAAGAACUCGAGUAUUUUAAGUGUAAAAAAAAAAUGAUUUUGUUGUUGAUGUCUUUGUUUUUAAUAUUAUAUUAUAUUGAUGUUUAAUGUAACUGUUUUAUCCAUCUUUUUCUUCAAAGUAAGCCUGUGGGCGAGACUUCCGGUUUAUUAGCCACUAUGGGGAAAUAACGAAUAAACAUGCAGUAAACGGUAAAACUGUUUGCACUACAAACCAGUGUGUUCAAUAAAUUAAAAUAAUAUGGUAAGAUAAUCAGGGUAUCUUAAAAAUAGCUGGACGCGGAUGAGACCGGAAGCCAGAUCCAUAAACUUUACAAAUGACCGCGCCCGCUCUUACGCGAACAAUAAGGUGGAUAUUGUUUAUAGUAUUUUAUAACAAAAAUUGGAUGUUAGUUAGAAGUAAAAUGUAAAUGUAUCGUUAGGGGGCGGUAUUUGGUAGGUAAAGUUACGCUACUAUUUUACAGUACCUCAAAUCUGUGUUCAAACAUGCCAGUUUUAAGUUUCCUGCUUGCACCGUUAAAAUAAUAUAUCUUGGAUCUGCUGGAUGACAGCGUGCCAAAAAGCUGUAUCAGGUACUUUGUAUUAGUUUUUCACAUUUGACCUGCUCGCAAGGUCUUCACUCUAAUAAGUCAAUCAUCUGCUUGCAACAGAGGGUGGUAUCUCUAAUAACAGGACAAUUGCAAUCAGGUUCAUCCACUUAGACAACAACUGAAUUGUCCUUUAAGCAGUAUGAGUAAUACUAACUGACCUGCCAGCUAAACCCUAAGUGAAUGGAGUCAUAGUUUGCCUGUUGUAACCUGAUAUUUUGGCACUGCUCAGUCAGGUGUGGUUUUUAGGUCCUAUGGGAACACGUUUGAAUAGUGGUUGGGUAGUGUUUAUAUGUUUAGCCAACAAAUGUUUAAUGUGUAGUGUACAUUUAACAGCGUUGUUUAACUCUCUGAAGUGUUGGUACUUUAGUUUCCCACAUAUGUUUUCUGAGUGUUCUGCGCCUGUUGCCCUUUCUAAUCUUGAGGUGAACAUCGAUGUCCUAACAUUUAUUUUUCAGUUUUAAACCAUUUUACAUUUGUUCCCAGUCUCAAACAUUCAGUUACAUGGAUCUGGAAGAUAUUAUAUAAAUGUCUAUGUUUCCCACUGUAAUAGGCUAUUAUUUUAAGCUUAUUCUUAAUUAAUUUUAAUAACAGGCUUGUCAGUUACAAAAUCCAAAGCACUUAAAAGAUUACUAUGGUAUUAGCAAUGGUACAUUUGUUGAAUGUUUUGGUACUUUUUGUUAGUUGUGAUCCAUGUUGUACGGAUACUAUUUGUCUGCAACAUGAAUAUUAUUUCAGGAUAAGAUGGAAAAAAAAAAACAGCAUUAAGUAGUUUAAGUAGUAGUUAUUAGUUAUUAAGUAGUUUGCCAUGAUUUUCUAUUAUUAUU